AUGACGCUAGCGGACUUUUUCGGUUGCACAUUCUUGGCCUUCGGGCCCCCUUUCGCGAUGUUCAUCUUCACCAUCGCCCACGAUCCAAUAAGAAUAAUCAUUCUGAUGGCUGCGGCCUUCUUUUGGCUGGUGGCCCUGCUGCUGUCUUCGACGCUUUGGUUCGCCCUGGUGCCCAUUCGGUCCAACUUGGAGUUCGCGAUAUUUUACACCGUCGUGUUUCAAGAAGCCUUCAGGUACAUUAUCUACAAGAUACUGAGGAAAGCCCAGAACGGUUUGAAGAAGAUAACGGACAACAGCACAGCGCUGAUCGAGAACAAGCACAUUCUGGCCUACGUGAGCGGAUUGGGAUUCGGAAUAAUGAGCGGAGCGUUCGCUGUAGUGAACAUUUUGGCGGACUCGAUAGGACCCGGAACGAUGGGACUCAAGUCCGGAAACGAGAUGUUCUUCCUCAUCAGUUCCUGCCUCAGUUUAUGCUUCAUUUUAUUGAAUACUUUCUGGAGUGUGAUAUUCUUCGACGCUUGUGAUAACAGAAAUUGGGUUCAUGCGGGUUUCGUUGUUUGUUCGCACUUAUUAGCCUCGUAUUUAACUUUAUUAAAUAGUUACGUAGCAGGAGGAUCGAUAGCUUCGCUGAGGAGUUGCCUGAGUUUCAAAUAA